UUUUAAUUAACGAUAGUAAAAGCGGACAAGGACACGACUUGAUUUACGGCAGUCUCGAUCAUGGCUGCUAAGCAUGCUUAUUUGUUAGCUACGAAAUUUCAUCCUUCCAGAUCACUUUUUAGGGCAUUUUCUUCCCAGUCAAACAAAUGCCAGGAUAUUUUAACAAUACCAUUAUCGUCCCCUGUGCCUCAUGUUCCUGAUGGGAAAUAUGCUAGGGUAUCAGGUGAAAAGCAAGAGACUAAAGUUUCAGUUCUGGCAAAUGGUCUGCGAGUAGCAUCUCAAGAUAAAUUUGGUCAAUUUUGUACAGUUGGUGUGGUUAUAAACUCUGGCUCUCGAUAUGAAGUGGCUUACCCAAGUGGCAUCUCACAUUUUACUGAGAAGAUGGCUUUUAUGUCAACUGCCAAAUUCAAAAACCGAGAUGAUAUUCUACAGGAACUUGAGAAACAUGGUGGAAUCAGUGAUUGUCAAGGUUCCAGAGACACACUAAUAUAUGCCAUGUCAGCUAAAACUGCCAGUCUUCCAUCUGUUAUUGAUAUUCUGUCAGAAGUGGUUUUAAAACCAAGACUUACACAGGACGAGUUGGAAGAUGUUAGGUGUAUGAUCAACUUUGAACUUGAAUCUUUAAAUAUGAAACCAGAACCAGAACCACUGUUAAUGGAAUAUAUCCAUUCUGCUGCUUUUCAAAAUAAUACUUUAGGUCUGCCAAAGAUUUGCCCAAGUGAAAAUGUUUCCAUCAUUAACAAAGAAUUACUCUAUACAUAUCUUCACAAUCAUCAUACACCUGACCGUAUGGUACUGGCUGGUGUUGGUAUGGACCAUGAGGCUCUAGUAGCUUUAGCAGAAGAAUAUUUCCUCAGUGUUACGCCUUCCUGGAGUGAAGACAUGUCUUUAAUUAAACCCACCAAUGGUGCAGACAAAUCUAUAGCACAGUACACUGGAGGCCUUGUCAAGGUAAAUCUCACAUUCCUACAGCUUAGAAUCUCAUUUCUUUCAUUUAUGAAAUACAACUCUUAUAUCAGUGAAAUAAUUGAAUAUGGUAUUAAAAUGGGAGGUGGAGGUUCGUUUUCAGCUGGUGGCCCUGGAAAAGGCAUGUACACACGACUCUACCUCAAUGUUUUGAAUAAACAUCAUUGGAUGUUCAAUGCUACAGCCUAUAACCAUGCUUACGAUGACACUGGUCUGUUUUGUAUUCAUGCCAGUGCACAUCCAUCACAACUGCGCCAUGUUGUUGAAGUCAUUGUUCGAGAAAUGGUUCUAACUGCUGGUUCAGUAAGUGAGGAGGAAUUAAAUCGAGCCAAGACUCAACUCCAGUCUAUGUUAAUGAUGAAUUUGGAAGCUCGUCCUGUUGUCUUUGAAGAUGUAGCACGUCAAGUUUUAGCAAACGAUCACCGCAAACCACCUCAGUAUUUUUACGAUGAAAUCAGCAAAAUCACUGCUCAAGAUAUCCAGCGUGCAGCUUCUCGAAUGCUUACCAGCAGACCAGCAAUAGCAGCAUAUGGCUCUCUGAAUAAACUGCCAAAUUAUGAAGAUAUCCAAGAAGCUCUUUUAACUAAAAAUGGACGAAUGACACAGAGAUUUUCAUUAUUCCGUUAAUGCUUUCCAAUAAAUCACCCAGUUUUUCUCUCAGGACUUUCUUAAAAUUGGCAUUAACCAAUUGACAAAAAACAUAGAGCAAAGAAAGAUAUUUAUAGACAGGCUGUUUUGAUUUAUUAAAUUGUGAUAUAUUCUAA